UGUUGGACGACACAGUUCAGAAAUGUGGAAUGUUUUUAACGUAAUCUUGUAAUUAAUUAUGAAUAAUGCAAACAAUUGAUGUGGACCAAAACAAAUGAUAAAAAGGGAUCCACGGACAAUGAAGAGGAAGGACAAAAAAGGUGUUGCCCCCAUGAUCUGACCUCAAACAAGCAGAAGACGGAUGAAUAGGAAUUCUCCCAUGUAUUCAACUGAUGGCGAGAUACUCCCCACUCCAAGUGGCGCUGCUCUCCCUGUUCUUGACUCAGACACUGGGACAGUUGGACCUGAACAGGUUGGACGGAGACAGUGUUUGUCCACCAAUGAGAAGUGGACAAGAUGACCUUCCAGGGUUCGAUCUCAUCACUCAGUUCCAGCUGGAUGUGAUCCCCCUGAAAGGUGUGAGGAAGGUGGAUGGCUCCACUUCUCUUCAGGUGGCGUAUCGCCUCGACAGGGAUGCUAACUUCCAAAUUCCAACCAUGCUGAACUUCCCACGUGGUUUCCCUGACGAGUACUCUUUCAUGGUCACCUUCCGUAUGAUCAAGAGCACCGUGGGCAAAGUCUGGAACGUCUGGCAGAUUGUGGAUGAAGACGGCAACAAACAAGCUGGUCUGCGGCUGAACGGCGACCAGCAGUCUUUGGAAUACUUCCUAAUGGGGGCAGACGGAACCCUGCAGACGGUCGUCUUCCCUGGGCUCUCUGUGCUUUUUAACACCAGGUGGCAUAAGGUGAUGAUCGGCGUAGAGCACGAACAGGUCACCUUGUACGUUGACUGCCAGCCGGUGGACCAGAAGCCCAUCAAGGGCAAAGGUCCUAUCAACACAGAGGGAGACACUCUCAUUGGCAGGCUGGAUGCUGAUCCGGACGUAUCCGUGGUGUUCGAACUCCAGUGGAUGUUGAUUCACUGCGACCCAAAGCGUGCUCAGAGAGAGAGCUGCAACGAGCUGCCUGCCACCGAGAUGUAUGCCAAUGCUGAGCCUGACAAGUCACUUCAAGGUCCCCCAGGAGCUCCAGGGCCUGAAGGGCCCCGCGGGCCUCCUGGAGAGAAUGGCAGAGAUGGAAGAGACGGGCUUCCAGGGUCCACUGGCAGUCCAGGAGCACCGGGCAGCAAAGGGGAGCAGGGAGAGAUCGGCCUUCCCGGGCAACGAGGACUUCCUGGCUUGCAGGGACCUUCUGGUCCUUCCGGUCCAAUGGGCCCCAGAGGUGCAGUGGGUGAAAGAGGACUUCCCGGCUUUCCAGGGCCACCUGGUCCCCCAGGCCCAGCAACUGAAGGACCUGCUGGAUCACCAGGAAAACCCGGAAUCCCCGGUGAUGAAGGCAACAUCGGGCCAGAGGGUCCUGCUGGUCCCAAAGGAGACGUUGGCGUGUCAGGACCUCCUGGUCCUCCUGGUCCACCUGGGCCUGUGGGGCCACCAGGGGCCAGUGGUGAAGGGAAUGGGGAACCUUGUCCUGCUGCCUGCCCCGCUGGACCUCAGGGACUGGCUGGACUUCCAGGGAUGAAGGGUCACAAGGGUGAUGCAGGCAUUGAUGGAAAAGAUGGACUCCCAGGAGAAAAGGGAGACACCGGUCUAGAAGGACCUCAGGGCGUGCCAGGUCGUAUGGGAGAUGAUGGUCAAAGAGGACCGAUGGGCCCACCAGGAGCAGAAGGAGAAAAAGGAGACAGAGGCUCCCCUGGUUUCAAUGGCCUGCCUGGACCCACCGGACCACCCGGAGGACCUGGUGUGGAAGGAGCUCGUGGACGACAGGGCUUAGAAGGACCCAAGGGUGAAGAUGGAGCUGUGGGGCCUCAGGGAGAGCAGGGUCCAAGAGGUGAUAAAGGAGAGACUGGGGAGCCAGGGACAGACGGCUUGGAUGGGCUUCCCGGAGCUGAUGGUGCUAAGGGAGAAGCUGGUACUCCUGGAGCUGUGGGCAUCAGGGGCAUUGUGGGAAUUCCAGGGCUUCCUGGAAAGCAGGGAGUUGUUGGACCACCAGGUGAAAAGGGAGACACUGGUGCCGAAGGGGCCACCGGUCCAGUCGGACUUCCAGGAAAAACUGGUGACCAGGGACCGCCGGGAGAAGAUGGGAAACAGGGGGUUAAAGGAGCCACCGGAGAAACGGGGAAACAAGGUGCAGUCGGACCUGUUGGGCCACAAGGAAUCCAGGGUGACAAAGGUGAUAAAGGUGACACAGGUGAGAAGGGGAUGAAGGGACACACAGGACUCAAAGGUGAUCAGGGGCCUAUGGGGCCAGAGGGUCCAAAAGGCAGCCUGGGAGACACCGGGUUACCAGGAGAUAUUGGCGUUAAGGGAGAUCAGGGUCCACCCGGUGUUACUGGAAACAAAGGAGAGAAAGGAGAGAAGGGUAACAGGGGUGCAACAGGCUCUGAAGGACGACCUGGCUUGCCAGGCCACGAGGGCUUGGUUGGGCCAAUGGGAGCCAGAGGACUAGAAGGAGAGCCUGGACUUCCAGGAGCACCAGGCCCUCGAGGUCUUCCCGGCCCCAAAGUCAACGAUGAGGCACUUCGGGAAAUGUGCUCAGCUGUGGUCCAAGAACAAUUAGCAGAAUUUAUGAAAGAACUUCUGAAGAAGCCGGCUGCUUUAGGAGCUCCAGGUAUCCCAGGACCAGCGGGGCCCCCAGGACCUGCUGGAGCUGAUGGCGCAGCUGGAACUCCAGGAGCACCAGGGCCAGCAGGACCCAAAGGCCAUCCUGGAUUCUUUGGCUUUCCAGGUGCCCCUGGAACAAAAGGUGAAGCUGGAGAACAGGGCCCUAAGGGAGAUAAGGGAGAUGAUGGUGUUGGAAUCAAAGGAAGCCCUGGAGAACCAGGGCCAGCAGGAGCUCCAGGUGCUCCUGGCAUUGGUAAGGAUGGAAAAGACGGCGAGAAGGGAGAGACAGGCACUCCAGGCCUUCCUGGACCAUCUGGACCUCGAGGGCCAUCAGGGCCACCAGGUCUUUGUGACCCGUCAACCUGCAAUGGCAGGAUCCCCCCCCUCUACAUGGUCAGCGGGAAGAAGUCAGCUGGCUACAAAAGCCCAUAAGCUCAUUGACACACUCAACAAGCAGUGAUCAAAAAAACCCUGGGAGACUUGACUCUCUCUGCUGGAACCGUGGAUCCAAGGGACACAUUGGGAAACAGGACCAGAGCACAACUGUAGAAUAUUGUAUAGAUGUUUGUAUGUGAUUUUAUUGAGAGCAAAGAUAGCUGCUACUGAUGCACAAGCACCAAGCUGACUUGCAGACCCAGAUAUCUUAAAGAAACUGAUGAUCGCUGGCUUUACCUCGGUACC